ACACAAGUAUUCUGUCUUUAGGGUCCGAAAUACAAUAUCUUAACAAAGCCAAGGUGGAGAUUAGAAUAAAAAGAUAUGAUUUUUAUUAAAUAUCUUUUUAAAGUUUUAUUUUUUAUCCUUAUCUUAAAGUCAGUAUCAUUAUCAAGAAAUGACGAUGAAUUUGCCGAAUUUGAGCGGGACCCUGACGCUGAACUUGAUAGUGAGGUACAAGUAGAUGAAAUUCCAAAAGACGAUGGUUUUGUGGAAGAGGAGGGUUUUGUUGAAGAUGUGCAAAGUAAUGAACCAAACACACAGACAGAGAAUGUGAAUGAAGAGGACCAGGAUGAAUUUGAUCCAUACUCCGAUGAAGAAGAAUUUGAGGGUUAUAAUAAAGAUAAAACCAAUAAACCAAAGACACAAAACACAGGUGGAUUAAAAAUCACUAAGGUUCCAGUCCAUUUACGCAGUGGCUGGCAAGCAUUUUAUUUUGAAAUUUUAACAAUGAUUGGAAUUAUUGUAUAUGCUGCUAACUUUUACACUGGCAAAACAAAAAAUUCUAAACUAGCAACUGCUUGGUUUAAAGCUCACAAACCUUUGCUGGAACAACAUUUUAGCAUUGUUGGAGAUGAUGGGAUGAGUAAAGAACCUCAAAGUGGUGUUUUGGUUAAAGAGAGUGAAAGUGUUUAUACGCUUUGGUGUACUGGUCGACAGUAUUGCGAAGGUAUGCUUGUUGAGUUAAGAUUGCUCAAGCGACAUGAUAUUGUUAGUAUCAUUUCACAGAUGAUGCGACCACGACCUGAAAUUGUCAAAAUUACAGUAUAUAUGGAUGAUGAAGACAUGGAUAAUUUUGUGUUUUCCUUGCUUCCAAAAAAACAAGCCUCAAAAUAUCACAAGGAUUUACAAGAUUUAGCUUUCUUUUGUGGAGAGAAAAAAUCUGCAGACCGAUAUGAACUUCCGAAUUUCUCUAUACUUAGUGAGUCUGGUGAAGUCAGUGAUUUUGUUCUAAGCACACAGGUUUGCAAUGUUAUAAAAAAGUACGAGAAUUGCUUUGAAUCGCUACAUUUUUCAGAUCAGUUUGUUGGUCAGAAAAAAGAAGAUGGUGAUGAAGAAGGGACUGCCAAGCUAAAGAAACCCAAGAAAGUACUCAUAUUUGAAUUUAAAAUUCCCGGUAAUGGCAGGACACGCUCAGAAGAUAUGGCUGCUACUGAAGGGCUAGUAAAAAUGGUUUUGCUAAUGAUAGAUAGAGUUAAAGGGUUUAGGUUGUCACAACAAGCUCGUUUAAAAAGUGAUAAGAAAAGGAGAGAAGUUGAGCAGAACUUUCUAAAGCAACAACAUUCUCAACGUCAAGAAGCCUCUCAGGCUCGUCGUGAAGAAAAAUUGCGUUUAGAAAAAGAACGUUUGAUGGCAGAAGAAGAUCCUGAAAAACAGAAGCGUAUGGAGGAGAUAAUGAGUAAAAGAGAUGCUAAAAAAAGAGGACCAAAGGUUAAAAGCAUGAAGGUACGAAUGUGAUUGUCAGUGAAUUGGAUCAUCAACUUAGAGUCUGAUAAUAAGAGUUGAAUUUGGUAAAAGAAAGAAUUAAUUUGAAAUGUUUUACAUCAAAACGAAAUGAAAAUAAAAGUUGUCUGA